UGUUUUUAAUGGAUAUUAUUUUUGCUUUUUAUUACAGCUUUUCACUUGUGCGAGACUUUGCGAUUUGGAAGUUUUCCAGUGCUGCCAGCUGUGAUCUUCACCUGUGCUUUACUACACCCACCUUAAAUCAUCUACACUACUGUUACAUCUCAAUCAGAAAACAACACACUGACUAGAUAAACAUAUUCAGACACACAAGACAUUUAUUUUCAAAGCUACACAUAAUAUUCACUAACACACACACUUUCACUCACAUACUAUCUUCCCACAAACACUGUUUCAUUAAUUUGGAACAUAUUUAAAUACAUUUCACAGUUUGUAUUUUCUCUGUUGCUUUGGUCUAGAUAACCUGUUUUUCCUCCCCCAGUUUUCUUCUGUUCUCAUUGUCUUAACAGGAUGCCACGCAAGGGACGACGCUCCGAGGCCACCAAGAAGAGAUGGAGGACCCUGGACCUGGAGGACCUGCAGGGCAGCCAGCCGGACGUCGCCAAGCCCAGGACAUCCCCACCCACCGCGCAGGCUUGGACCCCCACCCAGUCUCCGGAGAAGAAGGUGGAGGGAACUCCGACUGAGAGGACCAGGCCAGCCCGUCGCCAGCCCAGGAGAGCCGCCCCCACGUUGGAGGUUGACGCCCCCGCCGAGUCCUCUCCCGUGCCUCUCGAGGACCAUGUCAGGGAUGACAGCUGCCAGGCUUCUUCGUUGGAACCCUGCGCCAGCGGUCCGCCUGUCCAGACUGUGAGGGCCACACAUUGCCAGGCUGACUACAGAUACGGUACAUUUUCCCGUAAUCACCAGUGCACCUGUAUGGCUCUGACAUUUUUAGCGUACCACAGUGAGGGGUUGCAGUGUGACACAGUGUUACUUGACAGAGUACUUGAGCAAGGAGAUGCACUUUAUGUUGGCAUUAAACAGCAGCUCAUGUUGGACGGUAGAUUUGUUGAUAAUCAUUUGACAGUUGAAGAGAUGCCCCAACGAGUACUGACAGACGGGAACAUCUACACUGUACACACAACAGGUGUAAGAGUUGGUCAUGUUUUGUGUCAGAAUGAUAGCCCUCAAAGAUCAUGGCUAAUGGGAUUGCCUCUUGCUUCACAACUAGAGUGUCUGUCUGAAAAUGUCACCCAUGCUUUUCUUUUGGUGAAUCCAGAGUGCAUUGCAGUUUUCCGGGACAGAGACGGUAGGUUUGGAGUUUUUGAUUCUCACUCCAGAAACUCAGCAGGCCUGCCCUAUCCUAACGGAACUGCAGUAGUCAUGACUUUUAGCGACCUAACGCUCAUGGUUGAACAUCUGUACAAACUCUUUGAGAACCGUGGCCCCUAUGCCACGUAUGAGUUUGUACCAGUAUCGUUUGUCAGCGACGACAUUGGUGAUGCCCCUCCUCCGGCCUUGAGCAAUCUGAAUAUUUCACCUGGAUCCACACAAGCAAGCACAGGUGUUGAGAAACCAGAGAGCACUUCUGAUGAAGAGGAAAUGCCAGCUUGGCUUGCUGAAGUUGGAAAGAAGUCUGAUGUCAACCAACAGGACGAGAUGAAAAAGAUCAUGCAGGCCUUUUCAAAACAGUUAGUGCUCAAGAGUCAGUAGCCCGUACAUGUAGUCUACCCCAUAAAAAGUCAUCACGCAGUGUCAUUUUUAUCCAAACUGAUGAAGACUGUUUGAAAAUGAGCCUUCCCAUGAGCAAACGGAUGAACAUGGCCCCAGAUGAAUGUUUGGAUGACAGGAUUGCCUGAAAAAUAUCUCGUUUGGAAUGCGUAGCGGAGCGACCCUCAAUCGAUGAAAAUGAAGAACAAGACCCUGUCCCAGAAUACCAAGUUGAUGUCAACAGUGGAGCCAUGCCAGCAAUCGAAAUACCCAAAUUGAGCCCUGAUUUUAUUAGACAAAUAGUAGUUUAAAUGAGACUCAAGCGUCCAUCAAAAUCCAGACCCGUUCUUUUAUUUGUUGACUGGAGGGGCGGGCUGUGGCAAGUCUCAUGUUAUCAAAUGUGUUUACCAGGAAGCAACCAAGCUCUUGCGCCAGCUUCCCAGAUUUGGUGAUAUUGGUGACAUGUCUCAGCCCACGGUACUCCUCACAGCUUUUACUGGAACUGCAGCUUACAACAUCUCAGGCAAGACUUUACAUUCAGUUUUGAAGCUACCCAAAAGCUUAAAGCCACCAUACAAAGGACUUGGAAAUACACUGGAAUGAAGUGAGAGCCGUUCUUUCCAAUGUAGAAAUCUUAAUCAGCAAUCAAGGAGUUGUUUGGAAGCAAAGGAUUUACUCAACUCAUCUCGGAUCCAACAACGGAAAGGCAGACUCUCAUUGACCACAUUUACAUAUCUCAGCCAGAAUAUUGUGUUCAGUCAGGUGUGUUGCAGACUUAUUACAGUUACCACAACCCUGUAUAUUGUAUUUUGGCUUCAUUUUCAGCUGCAUCUUCACCCUGACUUGAGAGGAGGGCUGGGAAACAAAUUACACUAGGACAAUAGUCCUGUCAUUUUUAAUGGUACUCCAUCUUAGGUAAAAACACCAAAGUGAGAACAAAUAAUCAGAAUCAAAUGUCCUCAAUGAUUCGCUUGGAUACUGGAAAUCCAGUUGAUGUAUUUAACAGGUAAUAAGAAUAACGGUGUCGGCUGACGGCCUGUACAGGUCCAGUAACGGCUGUGAAGCUUAUUACUCUUGAAUACAGCUACUUCAGACGACCACUGAACUAAUUUGGAGACCAGUGCAUUUUUGAAACAUUUUAUUUAACUCCCCUAGAGAAC